AUGCCGCGGGUUUACCAGAGGAAGCAUCCCGACAGAGCUCAAACAUCGAACAAUCUGAUCCUGGAUGGUGUGAGAUUGGUCUGCGAUGAAAAGAAAAGUAUAAGAGACGUAGCAGAAGCUUUUGAAAUAUCAAAAUCAUCGCUUGGCCGAGCAGUGAAGAAGUACAGAGAAUGUGGUGACACAGGUGGCAUCAUGUUCAAGUCCAAUUUGGUCUACGGAAUUGUCUUCACAACAGAAGAUGAAGUACUCUUGAAAGAAUAUUUGCUGAAAGCAAGCAAAAUGCAUUAUGGGCUUACGAGAAUGCAAGUUCGUUCACUGGCGUACGAGUUUGCAACAGCCUUAAAGAGGAAGUGCCCGGCGUCAUGGGAACAGAAGAAGGUAGCUGAAAGAGACUGGUUUAUGGGCUUUAUGGACCGCCAUCCCGAGCUAUCGCUUCGAUCGCCAGAAGCGACCAGUCUGGGUCGGGCAACAAGCUUCAAUAAGAACAACGCCGAUGCUUUCCUUUCAAACCUGAAAAGUGUCUACGACCGAUACAAGGUAACUCCGGACCGCAUCUACAAUUGUGAUGAAACGGGCUUCACAACUGCACACAACCCACCAAAGGUAGUAGCAGCACGUGGAGAAAAGCAAAUCGGUCAGGUUACAUCCGCAGAACGCGGCGAACUGGUGACUGUUUUGUGCACUGUCAAUGCCAUCGGAAACGCCCUGCCACCAGUGUUCAUUUUCCCACGCGAGGAGCCAAUUCUCUUGAUACUCGACAAUCAUGAAAGCCUUGUGAGCAUCAACACCAUCAACAAGGCCAAAGAGAGCGGAGUCAUCCUGCUGACCUUUCCCCCACACUGUAGCCACCGCCUGCAGCCACUUGAUGUGUCCGUGUACGGACCAUUUAAAUCUCGGUACAACGCUGCUUGCAAUGAUUGGCUCAUAAAUAACCCCGGGAAGACCAUCUCCAUCCACAAUGUUGCACAACUAGUUGGAUCCGCCUACGUAUUAACGGUGACACAAAAGAACAUAAUCUCGGGCUUUCAGAAAACUGGAGUUUGGCCUUUCAAUAGCGAGCCCUUCACUUCGGAUGACUACAUGAUGUCAUCAGUCACUGACAGACCCUUAACGUCCGUAAACGGAGAGGUGUCACGACAGACGGCCACCAUCACCGAGAAAACGGACAGCGCAAGCCGACUGGAAAGUGAUUUGAACUUUGAGACAAACGGCCAUGGAGCUAGCAACGUCCCUACGGAUAUCUUCCCACCUACUGUCGCCAACGCAGCCUCGACGUCAACUGCAUCUCCCAGCCGGAUUGUUCCGAGCGACCUAAGGCCCUACCCUAAGGCUGCACCGCGUAAGACAGGGUAA